GUCGAAUGCAAAAGUCUUCUCCUUUUCAUAGUUUCUUUCUUUCUUUGCGCAGCCCAAACCCCAAAGCCAAAUUCUUCUCUCUCUUUUCUCCGUGUCUCAGCCAUUGAUUGAUGACAUUUUCACAUGCCCCGAAACAAAAAUACCCAACCAAGCUCUCUGGCACCGAACCCAACACCCAAAGCCCCACCGAAGCAGCUGGUAAUAAAUAUGAAAUAAAUAGCCCUUUCUAACCAAUCAUUAUUUUUUUCCUCUUCUUCUUCUCUCACGUUCCUUUUACCACCUUCAAAAUAUAAUUUGGGUUAUAUUUUUUGUUUUUGGCAUCAGUGUUUUGGAUCUCAAAUUGGGUCUUUUUCAUUUCAUUUCUUCUCUUUCUUUUAUUAGGGUUUUGUCUCUUACUACUUAAGACUAAAUUUGGCAAUAUGCCGCCAUUUUCAACCCCAGACUUGGCCCCUUCUUAUAUUUCCUUUUUCUUUUUAAGUUUUAACUAAUUCUAUUUAUAGAAACUUCUCUUUGUUGUUUUGUUGUUGGGGUUUCCAGUUUUAAUUGAAUACACGUUGCGUUUUCCCUAAAUAGAAGUUGAUUGGAGAAGUACCCUAAAAAGAAGAACCAGGAGAAGAAGUAAAAAAGAAUGGCAAGAGAGAAGAUUCAGAUCAAGAAAAUUGAUAACGCUACAGCUAGGCAGGUGACUUUUUCCAAAAGGAGAAGAGGGUUGUUUAAGAAAGCUGAGGAGCUCUCUGUUCUUUGUGAUGCAGAUGUUGCUCUUAUUAUUUUCUCAUCUACUGGCAAGCUCUUUGAGUAUGCUAGCUCAAGCAUGAAGGAGAUAUUAGAAAGGUACAAUUUGCGCUCAAAGAACCUCGAGAAGCUGGAACAGCCAUCUCUUGAGUUGCAGCUUGUAGAGAACAGCAACCACUCCAUGCUGAGUAUGGAAGUAGCAGAGAAGAGUCAUCAACUUAGGCAAAUGAGGGGUGAGGAACUUGAGGGAUUAAACAUUGAAGAACUACAGCAGUUAGAAAAGUUUCUGGAAGCUGGGUUGAGCCGUGUGAUUGAGAAAAAGGGUCAAAGGAUUAUCCGGGAAAUCAAUGACCUUAAAACAAAGGGAAUGCAAUUGAUGGAAGAAAAUGAACGAUUGAAGCUUGAAAUAUCUAAUGGCCGAAGAGAAGUUGCUGGUGAUUCAGAGAAUGUGUUUUGUGAGGAAGGUCAGUCAUCAGAGUCUGUGACCAACGUUUGUACCUCUAAUGCUACUCCACAUGACCAUGAAAGCUCCAAUACAUCCUUGAAGCUAGGGUUACCAUUUUCUGGUUAAGUGGGAAGGUUUGAGGCGAUAAACUUACUAGCAAAUAUAAAGUUUCGUACGAUAUAGUUGACUUGGUUUAAUG